AUGGAUUUGGACAUCAUGGCCAGUAUUCACUCUGUCAACCACUUCUCUACCCUCCAAUCUUCUCCUCCACUUCACUCUGAUGAUUAUCCAGUAAUCCAUUACACAGAUGUCUAUGAGGAUGAUGAUUACCAAUCUCAUCUCAGAUGUCCUUUUUGUGAUUUUCAAAUUCAACUUCCUCUCCCCUCCAAUGAUUUCCAACACGACUAUUGCCCUGCCCUCAAAUAUAUGGUUUGUCCUGUGUGUGAACAAGAUUUAGGAAAUGAUGCAAUCGCUCAAUUUACACACUCAACCUCACCAAAGUGGGGAUGGAAGUCUGAGAAAUCUGGCACCUGGUCCGGUAAUUCAGCAAUGUUUGGCAAGAAACCAGCUGGCAGGAGAAACAAACAAGAAUCGGUCGCUGAUCCGCUAUUGUCACCGUUCAUCUACAACGUGCCCGUUCCUAACUCUAACAGUAGCCAUCAAGGUGAAAAGUCCAGCUUCAAAAACAAGGAUAUAAACAUUCACAGUGCAAAAAGGUGCUGGACUGAUGGUGUUGAGCUGGAUCAACAAGAACAAGAGUUGAAGGCAGCUUUUGUUCAAAACUUGAUACUAUCAACCAUAUUCGAGGAAACAUGA